UUCCUAUACUAAUAUUUCUGCAACUGUUAAUCUUCUGACAGUUAAAGAAGUAAAAGUUAAGAGUCGAGAUAACGUUAAAAAUAUUUUGAAUAUGAGAAAAGAACUAGACCUUAAAGAUAAAGAUAUUAAUAAACUAUAUGAUCAGAGGGUUAUGAGUAAUACAUUCCUUGCACUAAAGUAUGAAAUGCUUGUAAAUCCACCUUUAAGCAUUUCAGUCAGACCAGCUGUAAAAUUAUUAGAGUUUAUUAAUAAAAUUCAAGAAAGUAAGUGA